AUGGCGGCUGCCUUUCGCCCCGUCAACACCCCACUCGCAGCGGAAAUUUCCAGGCAAGACAUCAUGCCUCUGAAGAACUCAUCUCCCCGUCCUAGCACGGCGCCGCAGGCACAGCUGCAGCCUUCACACUCGUCUGACGAUGGCAAGACGCCCACUCGGGCCACCUUCAGCAGCAUCAACAUGACGAGCCAGAGACCCCUGCCAGCAAGCCCGUUUCCUCAAGCGGCAUCGGCUACCGAAUCUACCGAGAACGGUCUACACCGAGAUGGCUCUCAGCGCUCUACCAGGUCACCCAAACGGAACUCGUUGGAUGUAGACAUGGAAGAGUCUGAUGGAGAGACUGGAACUAUUGAUGAUGGCGCCGGCUCCGAUGCCGAGAGUGUGAAUGCGGAUGGAACAAGGUCAAGCAAGAAGAAGAAGUCUCAGCGGUUUUAUUGCACUGAUUAUCCCCCCUGCAACCUAAGCUUUACACGAAGCGAGCACUUGGCAAGGCACAUCCGAAAGCAUACUGGCGAGCGUCCUUUCCAGUGCCACUGUUCCAGGCGAUUCUCAAGAUUGGACAAUCUGAGGCAGCAUGCCCAGACUGUUCACGUCAACGAAGAUAUUCCGAUCGAUUCUCUUGCGGCUACUGGAUCAAGAUUUCAGCGCCAGAUCAGGACCGACAGAGUUCGCCAAGCUGGUAACAGGGCGAGAGCCUCUACUGGUGGCAGUGCUGGCGGCCCAGUCCGAGGACAUUCCAAGUCUCUUUCGACCUCGAGUAUCUCUAGCAUAGCAUCCGUGGGAUCGGCCUACAGCGCCCAGAACGAUCCUCGGCGACGCCCACCCCCGCUUGUUAUGGCUGUUGAUUCCCGCUCAAGGCUUUCGCUCGAAUCCUAUCGCAGUAGCACCGAUAGCACCUUUUCAUACCGACCUCAGUCGCCGGGCGAUUUUAGCACGCCCACGUCUGCUACUUUCUCAACGGCCCAGAGCAGCCCACGAUGGAGCGCUGGCGUAGUUUCUCCGUCAUCCUCACACUCGCGAUCUCAGAGCAUGUAUUCCAUGGGUACACGGACUCCUGGCCGCCGGCUGAGCGUUCCAUCAGGCACCACUCCCUUCCAGUUUGGUCAGGCUCAGAUACCGGGACGCGGGCCGGGACCGAUGCUUGUCAAUAGCUCCAAUGCCGGGGCUCUCUCGUCUCCGAAUCAAAAUUUGGUUUCCUCACCAACCAGUUCAACAUCCGGGUUUUCUGGCCGUAGAGACUCGGUGGCGAGCAGCACUGGCGACGACUCAUGGCGACGGCGAACCUGGCAUCCUGAUAGCCGUAGCUUCAGCGGCACUGCCCAGCUGAAUGCUGUCCUUAGCCAAUCAGUGCGGCCAAACCCGCCGCCACCUAUUGCGAACCCCAGCAACCCUCAAUCUAACCUUCGCCUCCCUGGUAUCGAGUCUUUUGAUCCUCUCCCUCGGUCAGCUACUCCACCAAGGCGUAACGGGUCACCAAUGGCUGUCGACUCCGAGCUUGCUCAUCGACCUCCGGUAAUGGAGGCUAUUCAGCCGGACGAGAGGCGAAACCUCAACAUGUACGACGUUAGCCUUCAGCGUGGCCUCGGCCGUCUUGACAUAGGGCACAAGACUCCCCCUCGUGACAGCGCGGGAAUGUGGGCGUCCGAGGUCCAUAAAGCGGUUCAAAACCAAAUGGAUCAUGCACGUUUGAACCAGCCAACCGUUCGAUUCGAAGAGCAGCCACGGCCAAGCCACCAGGUACCGCCAUCAGCCGUGCCGAGCAGAUCCUUUCAUCAGCAUACCAUGUCAGCUCCCGCCCUAGCCUCGGUCCGAGAAGGUAAGGGACACGGCUGGUAUCAAGGAUCUUCUGCGGCUACCCAUGGAGCCGGAGCCAACCAAGAUGCGCGAAACCCUCAUGUCGAUCGAAUGGUUCACCCCAACUUCACUGGCUUUGCUGGAUUUCCCGCGCGGGAACAGGCUCAAGAGCAGCGGCAGCCACAGCCACAGGUCCAUUACCAUCAGCAACCGCCGCCGCUUCAGCAGCAGUCGCAGCACCAGCAACAGCAAUCCCAUUAUCAGCAGCAACAACGCCAACAACAAGAUCGCUCUAACAACCCCGACUCGUUGAGGCGGCUCGAGGCCUUGGUGGCCGUUGCCACCAGCGAGGGCUCUAAUACUGCUGCUGCCUAUUAA